GUCAAAAUUUUUAUUUCUGAUUUUUUUUAACAGUAAGAAAAGGCAAUCUAUCCAAUUCAGUUCAUCAGAAUCCCUUACACCAAUGUUUCCUUUUUCCAUUCUUGUCCAUUAAUUAAACCCUUUCCACGUAAAGUUAUUUUUCCAAUCUUCCUUUCUCCAUAAACCACCUUUCUAAUCCACUUGGCCUCUAAACUCCCAUUUCUCCAAUUCCCUCUUUCUCUUCAAUUCUAUUUCCCCAUAAAUUCCCUUUACAAUUCCCCUUUCUCUAAAAUAAACUCCCCUGUUACUCUAAAACUCCAAUUCUCUAUUCAAUUGCUUUCCCUGAAUUCAUCUUCUGAGCUGGGAUCAUAGACCAAAAUCUAUAUUCCACCAACACUUCCAAGGUUAAUACGAGAGAAAACCUGGCAAGACCCCUGCUGAAAUGUUAGUCUUUGGUUUUUAUUCAUAUAGUGGACGUGUGUAUCACUGGCUGGGUAAGCACAGCCCAUCCCCAGUUGCCCUGGAGAAGAUGAUGGUGAUCUGCUUGGGGGCAAAAAGGGACAGGGAAUCUGUGCUGGUCCAGACACUAAAGCCUACUUCCCACAAAUGAAGAAAAAAAUUUCAACGUAAAAAUUAAUUAAAGAUGAGGAUAUCAAGCACUGGGGCCCAUGACUAUUUCCUUUGGCAGCUUGUUGCAUUGUGAGAUUGUUUUUAAAGGAAAGUUGAAAAUGCCUUGGAAACGCAAAGUCGUUUUAUUUUAGAUAGAAUCAUCAUAGAAUCCCACAGGAUGGAGGCAGGCCAUUCGGCCCAUCGAAUCCACACCAAUUCUCCGAAGAACAUCCCACUUGGACCCACCCUACUCUGUAACCCUGCAUUUCCCAUGGCUAAUCCACCUACCCUGCAUAUUCCUGGACACAAUGGGCAAUUUAGCACAGCCAAUCCACAUUACCUGCACAUCUUUGGACUGUGGGAGGAAACCCGAGCACCACUGUCAUGUAAAUGGCUAAGACCAUAGGACUUAGGAGCAAAAGCAGGCCAUUCGGCCCAGUGAAUCUGCUCUCCCAUUCAAUGAGAUCAUGGUUAAUCCGAUAAUGCUUAACUCCACUUUCAAUAUCACCCUUGAUUCCCUUACCAAUUAAAAAAUCUGACUUUCUCAGCCUUGCAUAUAUUUAAUCAUGCAUCCUCUGCAGUAAAGAAUUUCACAGAUUGACUACCCUCAGCAGAAACUGGUGUUCUGUUCCCUGUUCCCCAUAAUCCUCAAUCCCUUUCCCAUUGAGAGCCGAAACUGGUGUUAAGUCCCUUCUCUCCCUGAUCCUCAAUUCCCUUAUCAAGUCCCAUUUCUUCCAUCACUCCUGUCCACGUGGACCCAGUUUGCUUCCACUUUUCAAGUUUGAGUCAAUGCUUGGUUGAGGAGGUGGGAAGAGAACAGAACUCCCAGAAUGCACUGGGGGAUGGGCGGGGAUUACUGGCACAUGCGCGCUUCGCCCCGUACGUUGGCCAAUCAGAGAGCAGCAGCGGGACGUCACGCAGGGCCCGGGUCAGGCGAAGGAGUCGGAGCAGCGCGCGCGCGCGGGGGGAGCCGGGGAAACGGCCUGUUUCACUCUUCUCCAUCGGUUUGACUCGACACCUUUGCAUUCUCAAAAACCGGCUCCAGCGUCUCUGUUCUUUUGUUUUCGCUCCUCUCCGAUUUACCGGCGAGGUUCCAUCAGUGUGGGGUCCGCCCGCCGGACGCCGGCCUCUCGCACGACCGUUGGUCCGCGUACGCGUCGACAGCCUCGCUGAUUGGACGGCCCUCGAUGCUAGUCUGGUCGCUGAUUGGUUGCUGCUCGAAACCCUUGCGAUUGGACGAUAUUCCGGGCGGACGAGGAUCGUUGAUUGGGUGUCGCCUUGAGCGUGCUCACCGAUUGGUGGACCCGGAACCGUGUUUUGAUUGGUCGUUGUUUUAACUUCCCGUUUGCUGAUUGGCUAACGAAGCCGUGCCUCCAUUGGCCGACGCUGAACUGAUUCAUUGGUUGGUUGGUAGCUCCAGCGGUUCGUUCGUUGAUUAGUGGACGCUGACCCGUUCUCUGAUUGGAUGACGAUGGCGCUGCUUUGUGUCCUAGUUCUCUUGCUCUCUCUGAACAGCGCAGGCGCCGUGGAGGUGAAGCGACCCCAGGGGGUCUCCCUAUCUCAUCGGCACUUCUAUGAUGAGACCAAACCAUUUACGUGUCUGGAUGGCUCCAAAACCAUUCCAUUUGAUGAGGUGAAUGAUGACUACUGUGAUUGCAAGGAUGGCUCGGAUGAACCAGGAACGUCUGCCUGUCCGAAUGGUAGCUUCCACUGCACUAACGCUGGACACAGACCUCGUUACAUUCCAUCUUCCCGUGUGAACGAUGGCAUUUGUGAUUGCUGUGACACGACAGAUGAAUACAACAGUGGUGCUUCAUGUGAAAAUACUUGCAAGGAACAAGGUCGCAAAGAGAAGGAAGCCUUGCAGAAAAUGGCAGAAAUUGCCAAGGAAGGAUUCCGACUGAAACAGCAGCUCAUUGAAGAAGCAAAGAGAAGUAGGGAAGAGAAACAGCAAACUCUCUCAGAGCUACAGAAGAAGAAGGAAACCUGGGAAGCACAGGUUGAGUCACUGAAGGCAAUAAAGGAAGCAGCAGAGAAGCCUGAGCAGGAAGCAAAAGAAGUUCAUAAGAAAGCAUGGGAUGAGGUCCAAACUGCACGUAAAGCGGAGAAGGAGAAAGCUAAGGCUGCUGAAACAUUCAAGGAGCUGGAUGACAAUGAGGAUGGCUUUGUUUCAGUAAACGAAAUUCAGACUCAUGCAGAGUUGGACAGCGACGGAGAUGGUGUGGUGUCUGAGCAAGAAGCUGAGAGUUUGCUGGGAGGUCUCAGUCAGGUUGAUCUUAGCACCUUCCAAGAGUCAAUCUGGGCAGGUAUUCAGGACAAGUACAAGUCUGAGGCAGUGAUUGAAAGCCCAACACCCCCUGAUAUCCCUGUGAAGGAGGGGACAGACAGCUAUCCAAAAUCUCACCAGGAAGAACUGACCAAGGAUGACCAUGAUGAGGAGGAUGAUGGUGGUGGUGAGGACCGCGAUGAUGACGACGAUGACGAUGACGAGGGUGAUGACGAGGAGGAAGAUGAUGGAGGUGAAGAAGAUUAUAAGGACCAACAAUCUUCAUAUUUCUCGGAAAAGCAUGAUGCAGAUGAUGAGAAAAUGCCACCGUAUGAUGAAGAAACACAGGCUCUGAUUAAUGCUGCCGAUAAAGCACGAAAUGAGUUCACCGAAGCAGAGAAAUCGCUGAGGGAGGUGGAGAGUUCGAUUGGGAGUCUCGAGAGGGAGCUUACCAUUGACUUUGGACCUGAUGGAGAAUUUGCAUAUAUGUUUAACCAGUGUUAUGAAAUGACGACAAAUGAGUAUGUCUACAAGCUCUGCCCGUUCAGUAAAGUGGCACAGAAACCCAAACACGGAGGUUCAGAAACCAGUCUUGGUGUAUGGGGCUCGUGGGCUGGACCUGAAAGUAACAAGUUCAGUGCGAUGAAGUAUGAGCAUGGUACUGGCUGUUGGCAGGGGCCCAGUAGGACCACCUUGGUGAAGCUGUCCUGUGGCAAAGAGACUGAUGUGCUGUCCACUUCAGAGCCUAGCCGCUGUGAAUACCUGAUGGAGUUUUCGACGCCAGCCCUUUGCCAGGAGGAGAUGAAUGGGGAAGGAACAGAUCAUGACGAAUUGUGAGAAUUGGGCGAGUGGGCUUAACAGGUUGUUGGAACCUCAUUGGCGAAGAAAUAGACAAGAUGAGUUUGCUGGAGCCUGCAGCACUGUUGACCCCAGCAGGCAUCCUUUCACUCAUGGACCAGUUUAAUUUUUUUUUUAAUUGAAGCCCCUCCUCUCUUUUUGGGCACUUUUCCAAAAUGAUAUCUUUCCUCUGAGAAAAGACUUCCUCAUCAUUGGUCCCUUGGAACUAAAUCACGGCUCUGCAGAACUUUUUUUUUUCAAGCUGAUAUGCAGUCUUUCUCUCUUCCUCCCCUACACCUCCCACGUCUGUGAGACACAGUGACUCAGCUCAGCAUCCAGUCUCAACCAACACGCUGCUUUACACCAUGACUUUUAAAAAUAAAAAAAGAGGCUUGAUAAUAAAAUUUAACAGGAGGAAAUCCAUCUGGCUGAUUUCGGAAGCUGCUGCGUGCGCAGUAGACUGUUUGCGUCCCUCUCGGAAAUAAGUCAUCUUUUAGAAAGAGAGUGAAAUCUGUUUCGGGUCUGAGUUUGGGAUUCUUUGCGUACUGCUUCUGUAACUUCUAGUUUUGAGGAUUCUCUCAUGCGCGCUCUCUUUUUCGCGUGCUCUUCCUCACGUGCUGUCAUCUCCCCAUUGUGGAAGCCAGGCCCCACAAUCUGUUAAUGAAUCCUAUAUGUGGUUUCUUUUUGUUUCAAAAGUAAUUUUUAAACCCACUCUCACACUCACAGACCUGGAUGUUUUGUUGUUGAAAGCCCCCCUCCUGCCCACCAUAUCCUUCCUUUUUUUUUGUGGUUAAUAGCUUGCUUUGGAACCUCUGCAGUCCUCCCUCCCUGGGAGACGAGGACAUUGUGACUUUUGGAGAAGGGGGUGUCGGUGUUGCUCAGGACACAGCUGGCUGGAUUCGGGCAGACUCGAGCAGAUUGCCAGGCGCUAGUUUUUUUUUUUUUCUGCACUUCUGUAGGGGCAAAUAUUCCUUCCUUUUUUGUUGCUUUGCCCCUUUUGGUGUUCCAUAAUGACAGAAGCCAGCAGUUAUACAUACGCAUGGAGAACCUGUGAUAAUAACUGUUGACUGAUUUUUUUUUUUUUUACAGCUUCAUGGAUUUUUGGGUCUUGUGGAUUCAUCACUGAAUUCUGCUUCCUUCAAAUAGCUCAGAGUCCCUUCCCCUCCAUUGUGUGCUGAAGGUAAAUGGGAUUCAGGUGCAUACCCAGGAGUUCAGUUGAGCCUUUUAUUGGCACUUCAAAAGCUGGGCUUGAUUGUAUUUCCUCCCCUUGGCUGUGACCAAACAAUCGUGUCUUAAAAAAUUUUUGAAUAGGAUCAUUGUAUAUUUUUAUUGGAUACAAACACUCUCUCACACUCUCACUCUCUCUCUCUCUCUCUCUCUCUCUGCACAGAGACCACCAAGCUUUGCUGGUUGUUUUCCCCCCCCACCUCUUUUCCGUGCCUGUUUGUCCUGUCAGCUGUUUGCAAUCACUUGCAGCCAUGAUCUAGUAAAACUGCAGGAGGGUUAAAUGAAUAACUUCAUGGUGACAAAUGAAAAUAAACUGGUGGUUGGAGAUGGA